AUGGCCGACCGCUUCGCCGCGUUCGCGCCGCAGCUCAUUCGCGACAACGCGUCGCGGCGCGUGGGCGACGUCGUGAAGUGCGUCCACCUGACGUCCGACGCCGGGAUGGCGCUCAACGGCGCGGUGGGCCGCGUCGUCGGCGUCGGGUCGCUCGACGACGCGACAGUCGCCGCGGAGGGCGGCGUGCCGUUCCGCGUCAAGGUGGAGUUCGACGGGAUCCCCGGGAUCAAGUCGAUUCGGACGGUGAACCUCGUGCACCCGAAUCAUCGUCCGGGGCCCGGCCGCGACGAUUCGGUGCGGACGUCCGGCGCGUUCUAUAUCACACUGGUCCCCAUACGACCGCGCACGCGUGGUGAACGCCGAUCCUUGAGGACUUUACUUCCCGGCGUCUCUCUCCGCCCAGGGUCCCUCGCUUUCAAUCCCGACACACCUCGACGCCUUUGA